AUGGCGCGCUGGAUCGCCAAUGCACGCCCGGCUGGUGUGCCGCUGACCUUGGCGACGAUCCGCGAGCAUGUCGCCAACAUGGCUCGCGGCAUGUCGCUGCCUCCUACCUUCCGCUGCUCUAUUGGAUGGGUCCGUCGUGCCUUGCGCCGCCAGGGUGUAAGGUGCAUUGCGGCUUGUGGCGAGGCGGCCGACCAGGACCUCGCCGCCGUCCGUACGACUCAGGAGAAGCUGCCGCAGCUCCUCAUGCAUCUCUCUGUCAGGCCGCGCGACACCUACAAUUUCGACGAAACCGCCGUCUACAUUUCGGUGCUGCCUCGCAAGACGUACGGCGCCAGCCGUGUGGCGGGGAGGAAGGAGGUCAAAGACCGCCUCACCGUCGGCUUCCUCGUCAACGCCGACGGCACUCAGUCCUUCCGCCCGUUGGUGAUCUCCAAGGCUAGGCGUCCCCACGACUUCCGCCCCGACUUCGACCCGGAGGAAUUUUGCUACUGGCGCAACACCGCCAAGGGGUGGAUGACCUCACCGCUUUUCACGCUCUUCAUUGAGCAGCUGAACGCCACCAUGUAUGCCGAGGAUCGGCACAUCGUCAUUCUGCUCGACAACGCGAGCAGCCACGUCCUCACCUCCCGCGGUGCAACAUCCGAGGAUCUCUUUGGCUUUCGCACGCGCUCGCUCUCGAACGUCCGCCUGGUGUAUCUCCCUCCCAACACCACCUGCUUCACCCAGCCCCUCGAUCAGGGGCUCAUCGCGAUGGCGAAGGCGCGCUACCGGCAGCAUUGGCUCCCCCAAUCUCCGGACGUCGUGGCCUGGCUCAACGACGCGUGGAUGAAUAUCGAGCACCGCACUAUUCAAAGGUGCUGUUGGCGCACCGGCAUCCUCCCGCGUGCGUGGGCAAUGGAGCUUGCUCACGUGGGCGACGACACCGCUGGAGCGGGCACGGCCGCGGACAUCGGGCUUGACGAGGAGAUCGGGGACGUAGGCAUCCUCAUCGAUCGCCUCGGACUCGGCACGAGCGCCAUGCCGGCCGCGGAACUUGUUGCCAUCGACGACAACCAGCCGACAUGCGCGGAGCCGGGAGAGGAUCCGCUCACGACCGAGCCACCGCGCGGCACCUCCGCUGAGACGUGGGAGGCCCCCGCCACCAUGCAAGCUGUCUAUGACGACAGCAACCCCGAGUCCCACGAGGCACGGCGCUACGCUCGAGCGGCCUCCGAGAUGCUUAUUGGCUACGCGAAGGCGACAUGCAUCACCCCGCGCGACCUGUGCGCGCUCUUUGACAUCCGCAACCCCAUCAUCAGGGCGCGGAUGGAGCGCGCCAGCCCGCCGAUUAACCUCAACAUGAGCCCCCCGCCAUCCGCGGCUGAGUGCGCGACGCCCCCGGCCGAGACACCUCGUCGCCGUGGCCGCGUCCUGCCCGCGUGGAUGACGGAGCCCACCCCAUCGUGGGUGACUCUUGCCCAGCAGGCCGCGCGACGCCAGGAGCUGAUUGACGGUGGUGCGCCGGCCGUCAUGGGAGGUUACAUGGCAGCAGCCGAGUGGAUGCGCCUGCCAGCCAUGGGGGGCGCGAGCCUCUCCGCUGCGGGCAGCGUUGGUCCGGACGGCGCGGAAGCGGCGGGGCUGCAAGGCGGGGAUGCAUCCGCGGGGCAGGCGACAUCUGCAGGCGCCGCGUGGGACGCUGCAGCGGUGCGCGCGGACGCGUCGGGGGCAGCGGCGCCCAGAGAGUCGUGCAUCAAACACAUGGACGCCAUCUGGUUCUGCUACUCACCGGUGUACCAGACAACGCAGUACUACCGCGAGGGCACGUUUGACUCGUGCGUGGGCAAGUGGGGCGACCUGUGGGACUGCAUGCUGCUGCGCACCAACGCUGCCCCCUCCGUACUGGCUCGCCGGGAGGAGAGGCGCAAGCAGCAGGGCCGUGCGCCGCCCCACAUCUGGCAGAUGCGCUCGCCGGAGGAAGCAAGCAAGUUCUGGCAGCAGGAAUUUGGAGGCCAGUCCUAG